CACCCAAAAAAAACAGAGUCCUCUGUUUUCAUCCUCUAAAAAAAAAACUAAAAAUCCAAUCUUUCCAUCACUCCAACCUCUCUCUUCACCAACUAUGCAAAACCCUUCAACAACACAUGAAUCAGCAACCUCCACCUUCACUUUCUUCACCGGUUUACCCUCCCUAAACCGGUCUCCUUCCUCAAACCCAGAUACCUAUCCUCUCUCAACCUCCAACGCUCUGUUCUUCAACGGUUCCUCCAAGCCUCGGAGAGCUAAAAAGACCUUAGCUUCCUUGAGCUUGAACGCUAAGAGCAGUGUUGGGUCAAGUGUCCGUAGGUUUAUAAGUGAAUUCAAUAGCUUUAUUAGGUUUCACUGUGAGAGAGUUGUUCCGGAGAGCUUUGGCUCUGUUUUGAGAGAUGAGAGUGGAGUUGGGGUGAAUGGUGGUGGUGGUGAGGGUUUGGGUGAGGAGGGUUUGGGGUUGAGUGGUGUGGGAAGUGAUGGGGCGAAGAAAGUUUUGAUUUUGAUGAGUGAUACUGGUGGUGGGCAUAGAGCUUCUGCUGAAGCUAUUAAAGCUGCUUUUAAUCAUGAGUUUGGUGAUGAGUACCAGGUGUUUAUUACGGAUUUGUGGACAGAUCACACACCCUGGCCAUUCAACCAGCUUCCAAGGAGCUAUAACUUUCUGGUGAAACAUGGAACUCUAUGGAGAAUGACUUACUAUGGUACGGCUCCACGCUUUAUUCACCAAUCAAAUUUUGCAGCAACUUCAACUUUUAUUGCCAGGGAAAUUGCACAAGGGUUGAUGAAGUAUCAACCAGACAUUAUAAUCAGUGUACAUCCAUUGAUGCAACACGUCCCACUUCGUGUCCUAAGAUCAAAGGGGCUGCUUGAUAAAAUCGUCUUCACUACGGUCAUUACAGACUUGAGCACUUGCCAUCCCACAUGGUUUCAUAAGCUUGUGACAAGAUGUUAUUGCCCAUCAACAGAAGUGGUGAAAAGAGCACAGAAGGCAGGACUUAAGACAUCACAAAUCAAAGUCUAUGGCCUUCCUGUUCGACCUUCAUUUGUUAAACCAGUUCGUCCAAAGGUUGAGUUAAGAAGGGAGCUAGGGAUGGAUGAGAAUCUUCCAGCUGUUUUGUUAAUGGGAGGAGGAGAAGGAAUGGGUCCUAUAGAGGCAACAGCAAAAGCUCUUGGAGAUGCUUUGUAUAAUGAGAGUCUUGGUGAAGCGGUUGGUCAGGUUCUUAUAAUAUGUGGACGGAAUAAGAAACUGCAAACCAGAUUAAGUUCCUUAGAUUGGAAAAUACCAGUCCAGGUUAAGGGGUUUAUUACAAAGAUGGAGGAAUGCAUGGGUGCCUGUGACUGCAUCAUUACAAAGGCUGGUCCAGGCACUAUAGCUGAAGCUAUGAUAAGAGGACUACCAAUAAUCUUAAAUGGUUACAUCGCUGGUCAAGAGGUAGGGAAUGUGCCGUACGUGGUGGAGAACGGAUGUGGAGAAUUCUCAAAAUCACCAAUAGAGAUAUCAAAUAUUGUAGCGGAAUGGUUUAGUCCAAGAUCGAAACACUUGGAGAUAAUGUCGCAGAAUGCAUUGAGGCUAGCUAGACCAGAAGCUGUGUUCAAGAUAGUGCAAGACAUGCACGAGCUUGUCCGACAGAGAAACCGUCUUCCUCAGCUCUCUUGCACUGCGUAACAUAUAUUGUUGUAACUCUAUUCAUUUAAUAUCAAAAUAUCUACCCUCUUUCUUUUGGUUAUAGACAACAGUGUAAUAAUAUAUAUCAUACUAUAUUUUUUUGUUGCCCUUAAUGCGAAUGCUUAAGGCGGAUUGAUCACUUUCUAAUCAUGAU